ACAAGCGCGUGACAUAAGGCGCUCGCUCCCAUCUGUCUCACGGCAACGCGCAAAAAGGGCGCGUCCGUGCGUUGUAUCAAGUGUGCGAGACCGGAGGACUGCAUCACAGCUCAUUCAAUUCCUAUCCAGACGCCGACUAGCACAGAGAUACAACUAUGGCCUCCGGAGUUACAGUGGAAGAGAGUGUGUUGACGAUCUUCAAUGAGAUGAAGGUCCGCAAGGCUAAUGCCUGCGAGGAAGAGAAGAGGAAUAGGAAGAAGGCUGUUCUCUUCUGCCUGAGCGACGACAAAAAGAAGAUCAUCAUGGAGGAGGGCAAUGAGAUCCUGCAGGGCGAUGAAGGAGAUCCCUACCUCAAGUUUGUCAAAAUGCUUCCUCCAAAUGACUGCCGCUAUGCUCUGUAUGAUGCCACAUAUGAGACUAAAGAGACUAAGAAGGAAGACCUGGUUUUUAUUUUCUGGGCCCCAGAAAAUGCCCCACUAAAAAGCAAGAUGAUCUACGCCAGUUCCAAGGAUGCCAUCAAGAAGAAGUUCACAGGCAUCAAGCACGAGUGGCAAGUGAACGGUUUGGAAGAUAUCAAGGACCGAAAGACCCUUGCCGAGAAGCUUGGCGGCUCGUCAGUGGUUUCUCUCGAGGGGGUGCCUCUGUGCGAUUGAGGGCUACACAUUUCAGGGGUUAGCUGUUCAUUCCGACAUGGGUGGGGCAGAUGGGUCAGCACGACUGUUGUGGGGCCACGGGGUGGGUUAACGUGGGUGGGGAGGGUUGGGCAAAAGUGACAGUUUCCAAACUCCACACAUACUGAAGGAUAUGUAGGCUGUCAUUCCAGUUCACACGUAAAAUGAACAAAAGUGAAUAAAGAUCUUAAGACAUAAGUGAAGGAUGAUUAUUAAAAAAACAAAGUAAUAUAACUGUAAAUGUGUAUGGACAGGUUUUGGUUCUGUAUGAAUUCCAUUAGAUUGUUGAAAGAAAGGAGUAAGACGGCUUUCGUUACAAUUCAGCUAUUUGUUCCUGCAACAUACUGUUUGUUCUGCAAUUACAGUUGUUUUUUUUUUUUUUUUUGCCAAACUUACAGUUGACUUUUCUAAGUAUGUGUCUGUCGUUGAGUCUAGGUGUAGUACAAAACAAUUGACUUCAAAAAAUCACAAUGUAUUGGACCAUUCUGGGAACACAGUUACCCCCCUGUUUUAUUUUGAGAUCACAAGUUGUUUUAAUGAAAUUCCAUCCAGUUAAUAUAUUACCAAAUGUAAUUCAAAACCAUGGCACUGGUGUCAAAAUAAAAAACAUUCCUUGAAACCUGUAAAAUCUGGGACCUAGAGGGUAAGCAGUCUGUGGAUGAAUUGGAUUGAGUGAGUCAUGGAUGAGGUUAGAUGGGGAGCGAUAUAUUUGUGCAGCCUGUGUACAGAGCUUUGAUGGAUAUUGGUCAGUGGAUGUUUUGUAUCGUCUCCUUAUCUCUAAUAAAAAAGCACUAAACAAC